CCUCCCCCCGGCCCCCACUCCACCUCCACCCCUGGCAAGCGGGGCGAUUAGCAGAAGCCAACAGCAGAAAAGCUGAUCAUUUCAAUUUGGAGAGUGAAUGCCAGUGUUCACAAGGAGCCUUCACAAGAUAUGCUUGAAACGAUUGUCUACCUUACUCUUUUCUAUUAAAGCAACAAUGGAUACCUCUAAGUUAAAAAUUCUGUGCUUACAUGGAUACAGGCAGAGUGGAGAACAUUUCCGAAAAAAAAUGGGUGGAGUCCGGAAACUUAUGAAAAGUGCUGCAGAUUUUGAAUAUAUCAGCUCCCCUCACAUAAUAAACUCAGAUGAAGACAAUGAGCCAGCCGAUGGAGAUCCUCACGCAUGGUGGUUCACAAACGAAGAGACGAACACCUAUGAUUCCAAGGAAUUUGAAUCAAAGUGCUUUGGCUUUGAGGAAAGUGUCAAAUUUGUAGAAAGUGUUAUCCGAGAAAAAGGACCAUUUGAUGGUAUAUUAGGAUUUUCACAAGGAGCCUGUUUCUUGAGUCUGCUAUGCUGUUUACAGCAACAAGGACGACUUCAAGGCAGUUUUAAAUUUGCAAUUUUUUCUUCCGGCUACUUAUCACGCUGUGUUGCUCAUCAAAAUCUGUACACUGACAAGCUUGGCCUUCCAACAUUGCAUAUAUUUGGGGAGACUGACACUGUGAUACCUGAAGACAUGAGCAAAACUCUUGCAGAAUUUUGUGAAGAAAAGCAGAUUAUACGACAUCCUGGAGGCCAUUAUAUACCAUCAAAUGCCCACUUCAAGGACCCUUAUUUGAAAUUUUUACAAGCUCGAUUGGCUGAGAAGAUGGACAGCCCAGAACGCUAAUGUAGUUAAAGUGUUUCCUUCUUUUUUUUAACUUACCUCUUGCAAUUUUGUAUUUGAUGAUAUUUUGAAGAUGGCAAUUCCAUCUCUCGACUGUCCUAUAAACCUAGUAAAAAAGAAAGAAAGCA